CUAGAAAUCGAGCACGCAUUCGCCAAAGAGAAAGAUUUAGAUCUCUCUUCUCUCGCGACUCUUGGUUAUUUUUCUCUCUUUGAUUUAUUCUUUGGUGUUUGUUUUUGACGACGAUCGUGAGUCUAGCUUACACAGCCGCUCACUUCCAUAGGGCUGGAAAUCCAGCGCGGAGCUCUCGAAUCCGAGCGAUAUACAUAGAUGCUGUAGCGUCAAAUGGAGGUCGUCAAGGUUGCCAGGGCGCCUCUAGUGGCAUGCCUUACAUGCCCUCUUUGCAGCAGCCUCUUGGACGAGGCGACCACCAUCUGCGAGUGCCUCCAUUCUUUUUGCAGGGAGUGUAUACAUCUCAAGCUCAGCGAGGAUGAUACACAGUCGUGCCCGAUCUGUGAUGUCUACCUCGGUGUCGCGCCUCUCGAGAAACUCAGGCCUGACCCUCAACUCGAUGAGCUUCGUAACAAGCUAUUCUCUCCGGGAGCUCCAAGAGUACGAGUUCCAGGCGAUGCAAGUCCGCUACCACGUCUCAAACGAAAAGAGCGGUCCUUAUCUUCUCUUGGUGUAUUCUCGGCACCAUCGUCAUCCAGGCGGAGAAAGCCGAGCCGGCCGCAGCAGCAGCAUUACACGAGAGUUAAGCGAGAAAUAACAAGCUCGAGCGAAGAGGACGAAGAACACAAAUCCGAGAGCAGUGAUUCAGGUAACCACGCGAAGAAACCAACUCGCGAAGAUAAAGGCAAGUCCGUGGCAGCAGGCUAUCACUCUCCGCUCGCAUACUUGGCCGAGCUGGCGGACUCGGACCACGCCGGAGGAUCGUCCAGGCAGCAAAACCAGCCAUCCACCUCGGUGGGCCGAGAUAUCAAAAGGCAGGCAACCACCGGACGCUUCUCCAAGCUCUCCCGGCCGACGAAAGGCGUACCUCGACGUCGCGGUGGAACCAGCGCCAACAAUGGCGGAGAACUUUACAAGGCUACUCUUCCUCCUCGCUUCCAGGUCGUCACAGCGGACAAUGGAGUGUGGUUUGCUCUCAAGCCCGCGGCCAACCAGAGCGACGACUCGGUGCUUCCCGCGAUCACAACACCCUACGUGAGAAUAACAGACGGACGACUUCCCGUAUCGCUGGUCAAGAAGUACAUUGCGACGAAGCUCAACCUCGGCAACGAAACCGACGUUGAACUGAAUUGCCGGGGCCAACCCAUCGUCUCCAGCCUGCCAGUCGAGAACGUCCAGCGCAUUUGGCUUGCAAAGCCUCGGGACGAUCAAACUCCAUCCAAGCUCGACACAUCUUUGGAGCUCCUCAUGACUUUAACGUACAAAAGACCCGGAGGAAACCCCACGAACGCCACCGCGGCCGCGACUUAAGCGCCCUUCUUCCUCUGUGCUUCGGUCCUUGCCAUGUUUAAUCGUGAGGAACUGGUCGUCCACUGCUCUUCUAUAUAACUCUCUCUACUUUGUUACCAGCAAAGCAACGCGGUUUAGCUGCCUUCCAUGCUCUUGCGAAAGAAAGAUAAAACAGACUUCCAAAAGCGACCUUUUAAGAA